CUCUUCUUUAUAAAUACAUUAUGGUUGGGAUAAAGAAAGUGGGUAUUCUUGGUGCCACUGGUACAGUUGGACAACGGUUUAUUUUAUUACUUGCCAAUCAUCCUUAUUUCACUAUCCAUGCUCUUGGUGCUUCUUCUCGAUCUGCUGGAAAACAAUACAAAGACGCUACAAAGUGGAAACAAAGUCAACCUAUUCCUGAUCAUAUUAAACAACUUAUUGUCAAGCCUUGUAUCUCCUCUGAAUUCAGUGAAUGUGAUGUUGUCUUUUCUGGUUUAGAUGCUGAUGUUGCUGGUGAUAUUGAAAUGGAAUUCUUGAAGGCUGAUCUCGUUGUUUUCUCCAAUGCCAAGAAUUAUCGUCGUGAUCCUGUUGUUCCUUUGAUGGUACCUACUGUGAAUUCUCAACAUUUUGAUAUCAUUCCUCAUCAACGAAAACACUAUGGAUUGAAAAAAGGAUUUAUGAUCACCAAUGCCAAUUGUUCCACGACUGGUCUCGUUGUACCACUUAAAGCUUUACAAGAUGCAUUUGGACCUAUGAGUCAUAUUAUUGUACACACUCAACAAGCCAUCUCUGGUGCUGGUUAUCCAGGUGUGCCUAGUUUGGAUAUCUUGGACAAUGUUGUACCUUAUAUCAGUGGAGAAGAAGAAAAGAUGGAAUUUGAAGCUCGCAAGAUUUUGGGUGGGUUGACUCAAAGUCAAGAUGGUUUUGAUUUGAUGGAACAAACAGUGGUAUCAGCUACUUGUACGCGUGUUCCUGUUUUGGAUGGUCAUUUGGAAUCUGUCUCGGUCAAAUUUGUCAAUGGUCCUCCUCCUUCUGUAGAUGCCAUUUAUGAUGUUUUGGAACGUUAUACCUCAGAAGCUCAAUCUCUUCAAUGUCCUUUGUCUCCUGAAUCUCCCAUUAUUAUUACUAAGGAAGCUGAUCGUCCUCAACCUCGUUUGGAUCGUGAAUUAUAUCGUGGUCAAGCUGUCACUGUUGGUCGUAUUCGUCCUUGUCCUGUGUUGGAUAUUAAAUUUACCUUACUUGUACACAAUACUCUUCUUGGUGCUGCUGGUAGUUCAGUAUUAAAUGCUGAAAUUGCUGUUGCAAAGGGUUUGAUUUAGAAUUACUUAGAUGAUUAUUAGAUAAUAAACUCUUUUUAUGAUAAUCUUUUCU